CAUGUGAAGGUGUGAGGAUGGGACAGGGUGGUGUUGGAAGUGACCGCAGCCCUGGAGGCUGAUGAACCCGCUCCAUCGGCCAGUCAGGAUGCACAUAGCUUCAGUGGGUGUCAGCAAGUUCUGCUUCCUGUUUUCCCUCGCUUUCUGCGGCCUACUGCUUCUGCUCAUUCCUGCCCUCCAGCCUCCAGCGCACCAGGUGGACCUGCCUCAGCCCCGACCCCAAGUCAGACCUGCACAAGCAGGCCCGUCACACCACACCGGGGGUCCUGUAGUGUCUGUCCAUUCAGGGGAAAGUGAGCUGGCCAGAGGGCUCAACAGGAGCUCAGCAGGGGAUGGGGGAUCGAUCGAAACUGAAGUUGGCAGGAAUGAUAAGCACAGUCCAAAGAGCGGGGCCGACUCCAAAAGAGUGGCUCUUCCUGGAGGAAAGGGUGGUGGACUUUUAGGGUCCAGGUCUCGGGAUCAGUUAGAUUUUAAGGACAUUUUUAUUGCUGUGAAGACCACCAGGAAGUACCACAAGUCCAGACUAGAGCUGCUGAUCCAGACCUGGGUUUCCCAAGCUAAAGAACAGACCUACAUAUUCACUGACGGUGAGGACAAGGAGCUGCGGAUGAGAACAGGUAAGAAACUGUCCUGACAGAAAGGUGUGUUUUUACACUGAGUGCAGCAUUUUG